ACACAAUAAGGUCGUUUGCCAACCGCCAUUGACCCGGAAAUGACGAAUAACUAGCAAACAAACACCAAACUCAAAGGCGCCAAUUUUGUAUCACGUUCGUCCACAACAUAGACGUCUAUAUUUCUUUUCGACACAAAAUGCCCGCCACUGCAGAUACAUACUCGGACCAGUUUGCCUCAAAGGAGUGCGAGCCGGAAGGGGCGACGGAUAAAAACACGAGUAAGUCGGCCCUUAUCUGUGAUGAGCGCGGAUAUUUGAACCAAGUACGGUUGAUCCUGGAUCAUGGCCGGAAAAAGGGAGACCGAACCGGCACCGGAGUCCUUUCGAUGUUUGGCGCCCAGACCCGAUACAGCCUCCGAGAUCAGUUUCCUCUGCUGACCACCAAGAAAGUGUUUUGGAAAGCAGUACUUGAAGAGUUGCUUUGGUUCAUUAAGGGGUCGACAAAUUCAAAGGAGCUCUCUGAGAAAGGGGUGAAGAUUUGGGACGCUAACGGCUCCCGGAGCUUUCUGGACAAGUGCGGCUUUACCGACCGGGAGGAGGGCGACCUGGGCCCUGUGUACGGCUUCCAGUGGCGCCAUUUUGGUGCCGAGUACACCAACAUGCAUGCAGAUUACACAGGACAAGGCGUGGACCAGCUGCAGAAAGUCAUCGACACCAUUAAAAGCAAUCCAGAGGACCGACGCAUCAUCAUGUGCGCGUGGAACCCGAAAGACCUGCCCCUGAUGGCGCUGCCCCCCUGCCACACCCUCUGCCAGUUCUACGUGUGCGACGGCGAGCUGUCGUGUCAGCUUUACCAGCGCUCUGGCGACAUGGGUUUAGGGGUGCCUUUCAAUAUCGCUAGCUACGCACUCCUCACAUACAUGAUCGCCCACGUCACCGACCUCAAGGUAACCUCUUCUCCGUUUUUCCAGUGUUUGCCAACACCUGACAUGUAUCCCGCCUCCUUUCAGCCGGGCGACUUUGUCCACACGCUGGGAGACGCUCACAUCUACACCAACCACGUUAAACCCUUGGAAGAACAGCUGAAAAGGGAGAUCCGCCCCUUCCCUAAAAUGAACAUCCUUCGGAAAGUGGAGAGUAUCGAUGAUUUUCGUGCAGAGGAUUUUGAAAUUGUGGGCUACAACCCCCAUCCUGCAAUCAAGAUGGAGAUGGCCGUGUGAGAGAGAUGACAUUUUUUUUAAAAAGGAGUAAAAGGUACUAACUAAUAGAUGGAGGGCAAAAUGGUACAACAUUUAAAAAAAUCUAUCUGACUUAAAUGUGUCAUUAAUUGGAAUCAAAUAGAUGAUUAUGUUGAAUGUGUCAUUAAUUUAUUUUAUUUAAAAAAAAUACAUUUCAUUUCACAAUUUAAUUCAUUAUUUAAUGAAUUAAUGACCCAUUUAGGUAAGUAUUUAAAUAUUUACUUUUGUCUCAUUUAACACUUUAUGAAUUUAUAUUAUCAAUAACUCAAGACAACUUGAAUACAUUCUUCCACUUUAACUGCUAUAUGCUCUGGAUCCGCAGGUCUCCCUUCC